AUGAACGUCACCAACUGUACCCCGGAGGCCAGUGUGGCCGUGAGACCCAAGACCGUCACGGAGAAGAUGCUCAUUUCCACAACUCUGGCGGUCAUCACCGCCCUGACCACGCUGCUAAACUCCGCCGUGAUCAUGGCCAUCUGCAGCACCAAGAAGCUCCACCAGCCUGCCAACUACCUGAUCUGCUCUCUCGCCGUGACGGACCUCCUGGUGGCCGUGCUUGUCAUGCCCUUGAGCAUCAUGUACAUCGUCAUGGACAGCUGGAGGCUGGGGUACUUCAUCUGCGAGGUGUGGCUGAGUGUGGACAUGACCUGCUGCACCUGCUCCAUCCUUCAUCUCUGUGUGAUCGCCCUGGACAGGUACUGGGCCAUCACCAACGCCAUCGAGUACGCCAGGAAGAGGACCCCCAGGAGGGCCGGGCUGAUGAUCCUCACGGUCUGGACCAUCUCCGUCUUCAUCUCCAUGCCCCCGCUGUUCUGGAGGAGCCACCGCCGGCUCAGCCCCCCGCCUAGUCAGUGCACCAUCCGGCACGACCACGUCAUCUACACCAUCUACUCCACGCUGGGGGCAUUCUACAUUCCCCUGACUCUGAUACUGAUUCUCUAUUACCGGAUUUACCAUGCAGCCAAGAGCCUUUACCAGAAGAGAGGUUCGAGCCGGCACUUGAGCAACAGAAGCACAGAUAGCCAAACUUCGUUCGCCAGUUGUAAGUUGACACAGACGUUCUGCGUGUCUGACUUCUCCACCUCAGACCCUACCGCAGAGUUUGGGAAGAUCCACUCCUCCAUUAGGAUUCCUGCCUUUGACAAUGACCUAGAGCACCCAGGAGAGCGCCAGCAAAUCUCCAGCACCAGGGAGCGCAAGGCAGCACGGAUCCUGGGUCUGAUUCUGGGUGCAUUCAUCUUGUCCUGGCUGCCAUUCUUCAUCAAAGAGCUGAUCGUAGGUUUGAGCACCUAUGUCGUGUCCUCCGAGGUGGCCGAUUUUUUGACCUGGCUCGGUUAUGUGAAUUCUCUGAUCAACCCUCUGCUCUACACAAGUUUCAAUGAAGACUUUAAGCUGGCUUUUAAAAAGCUUAUUCGGUGCCGAGAACAUAGCUAG